AUGGAUUUAAUUUGGAUAUUAGUACUGAUCUUGGCCUUUGUGCCAGCUAGUGUGUUAGGGACAUCAAAAAUAGGAGGAAAAGCGCCUAAAAGAAGGAGUUUAUCGCGGGAGAUAGCAAACGUGACGAAGCUUGCAAAUGAGCUUGCUAUAAUAGACAACAUGAGCACAAAGCCGCCGCCGCGCACAGGCUCAGGAAGGGGCGAGUACAUUGCAAACGAAAUGCGCAGCAUUGCAGAAAACACAGAGAUUCAGAUGGACAGCUUUUUCAAAGACUACAAAGAAUUCUACACCGCAGAAGAAAAAGCCCAUAAGAACGUGGUAACUGCAGAAUCAUCGCACGGGCUCGUGGACAUUGAAAACUUUUUUGAUCCUGAGACCAUCCAGAGAAUUUGUGAAAACAAAACAAACACCUACACGCUGAUGAAUCUCCUUGUGGAGAUAAAAGAAGAAGAGAACAUAGACAUGAAAAAGUGUCUUGCAUAUGUGGAAGACAAAAGAAAGCCGAAGAGUGAAGGGCUGAAUAAGGACUAUACAAAAGAGAGAUGUAAUACGCUGGCAGGGUUCCCUUGCACGCUCAAACAAACUUUGAAAAUACUGUGCGCCCCAGAGCUAAAAAUAACAACGCCCAGGUCUUGCAUCAAUCUGCUUGAUUUUAUAUGCACGCUGUUCUGCAGGAUAAGUGUCAACAACUUCCAGACGAUAAAGUACGACUAUUGCAAUGUGGUGAGCGAAGCAACAAACAAGAUAAAUCUAUUCGUGGCGUGCGAGGAUAAGCUCCUGGAAAAGUUCAAGAACACAAAGAACCUGCAGGGCCUCAUAAAACAGCAUGAAGAGGUCAUCAAAAGCCUAAAAAAGGUAAAAGACCACUGUCUAAACUUUACGAAAACAAUGCCAGAGCUAUACAAUAUUCUGCAGCUGAUAAAAAACGAAGGCGCGCUCUACAUCAGUGACUUCCUGCAGAUACCGUACGACCCCACCUCGAGCACACAGCAGGAGCACAUAAUCAGAUCGCUGAGAAAAACUCACUACACUGACUUAGUAAGGCUGCAAAACGACUUUACGGUAUACGAGAAGCGCAUAAACGAAAUAAUCACAGAAGUAAAAGAGACGAACAUAUACAAGUUUGACGACUUCAUCAAAGCAUGCAGGGAUAUAUUCAAAUACGAUUUCUCCAUCCUGUUUGAUAAGCUGAUCGAAGCAAGCAGCGUUAAGUCUCCGUCUGCCCUCCAGAAAGAGCAGCUGGACAGCAUUGUAAAAUCAAUUACCAAAAUGAGCAGAUUAGAUAAAGAGAUAGUAGAGACUGAGUCGAUAGUGCACACGAGAUUCUCAAAAAACAUAUACUUUUAUCUAAUAAAACACAAUAUAGACAACGACGACAUAAUAUAUUUUCCAAUAGACAUACUAUUGCUGAUAUAUCAGAGCAAUAGCACCUUUGAAAAGAAAAUAAAAAAACUAGACAUUUACAAAAAGGGGCACAUAGGAAACUCAAAGAUCAGCGAUUACAAAAGCAACUCUGAGCUCGCCAGCGCAGCAAAGAAAAUCAAGAGCAAGUACAUUAUACUGCACAUCAACUAUAUACUGGAGGACACAAUGAGGAGACUGUGCGAGUUUCAGUCCAAAAACAAAACCAUUCGAUCUAGAUUCUACAGAAGGAAUCUGGAGAACAUCCAAAGAACCAUCAGCGGAAUUUCCGAAAUAAUUAAUUCUAAGGAGCGGAUAGACAUUGAGUAUGUUAUGAAACUAAAGACCAUUGUAAAAGAUAUCUUGCCUAUAUACAAAAAAAUACUAUACAUACUGGACUCGAAAGAAAAGUACAAAGACCUUUUGAAAAAAGAAAUGAUCCACUUAAACCAGUUGUAUGCAGACUGCUAG